CUCGCUGGCCGCCUGCGUGCGCGCGCGGAGCCGCCCGCCCGGGGCCCGUGUCAUUGGCGAAGGAGACGAUGUCUCACUGCAGCGGCGCUUCCCGCCUCCUGGGCCGCCUCCUGCUCUUGCAGCAGAAUGGAGUACGUCACUGUUCCUAUUCAGCCACACGGAAAAAUCUUUAUAUCAAUAAAAAUACAAAGGUUAUCUGCCAGGGUUUUACUGGCAAACAGGGCACCUUUCAUAGCCAACAGGCAUUGGAAUAUGGCACCAAACUAGUAGGUGGAAUUUCCCCAGGGAAGGGGGGCAAAACUCAUCUGGGCCUGCCAGUCUUUAACACCGUGAAAGAGGCUAAAGAACAAACAGGUGCCACUGCCUCUGUUAUAUAUGUGCCUCCUCCAUUUGCUGCUGCUGCAAUUAACGAAGCUGUUGAUGCAGAAAUCCCCUUAGUUGUGUGCAUUACGGAAGGUAUUCCACAGCAGGAUAUGGUUCGGGUUAAACAUAAACUGAUCCGUCAGGAUAAGACUCGACUAGUGGGCCCAAAUUGCCCUGGAGUCAUCAAUCCUGGAGAAUGCAAAAUUGGUAUCAUGCCAGGCCACAUUCACAAGAAAGGAAGAAUUGGUAUUGUGUCAAGGUCUGGCACCCUGACGUAUGAAGCUGUACAUCAGACGACGCAAGUUGGAUUGGGACAGUCCUUCUGUGUUGGGAUUGGAGGAGAUCCCUUCAAUGGAACUAAUUUUAUUGACUGUCUUGAUGUCUUCCUGAAGGAUCCCCAAACAGAGGGGAUAAUAUUGAUUGGUGAGAUUGGAGGCAAUGCUGAAGAAGAUGCAGCAGCGUUCUUGAAGGAAAAUAAUUCCAGUCCAAAUGCCAAGCCUGUAGUGUCAUUCAUAGCUGGUCUGACUGCUCCUCCUGGCAGAAGAAUGGGUCAUGCUGGGGCAAUCAUUGCUGGGGGAAAAGGUGGCGCUAAAGAGAAAAUUGCUGCUCUUCAAAAUGCUGGCGUUGUUGUCAGUAUGUCUCCUGCUCAGCUGGGUAGCACUAUACACAAGGAGUUUGAGAAGAGGAAACUGCUGUAAAACCCCUGGAACAUUGUCACAGAAAAGUCAAGACAGCACCUUGCCUCUAUAUAUCUGUCGUCCACUAAUCUUCAGCUGCCUGAAUGUGACUGAUACUUGGUUUCAAUUUGACUUUAAAGCCAUAAACUUUAUUUCAAUGUCUCCUGCUCAGAAAUGGUCACCUGAUUGUACAUCAUAGCAAAUUAAUAAAUCUACCACUAAAUUUGAUUUUUG